AUGAUGCAGGCAGUGCGUAGUCGACUUUUGCCACGUACAAGUGUCUUAUGCACUUUAAAACCAUUGCAUCUUCUCUCUUAUAUGAUCAGUAAUGCAUCACCAAUUCAACGCAAUUUUUCAUUCAGUGCUACGUACCCUACACCCAGUGAAUCGGCAGCGAUGGAUGAUACAAAUGACAAAUCAAUACCACGAUUGGUCUGCAAUAAUUGCAAUACAACAUUAAGUACCACGAAAGAUUUGGUCUUUUUUAAAUGGAGAAAUGGUAUUCAUGUAUCCAGUUCAACUGAUGAACCUUUUAAGAAUUUAGUCCCAGAAGAAUCCGUACAAGAAAAUAACGCAAAUUGGAAAAAACACAAGAUGCUCUGUCUCAAGUGUAAUUAUCAAGUUGGUACACUGGCACGAAUCUUUUCAUCGGAUAAGAUCUUGUUCAGUGCGUCCUGUGUAGCAGUACAAAUGCCAGAGCAUCAGUCACCAUUGAUAUCAUUGUCGGGAUAUCCGUCGUCUCAGUUGAGCUUUACGAUGUGGUCAGAAUUAAUUUUAAUGGCGGAGACUCAACCAGAACUUAAGGACUUGCUUCAGAUUCGCAGAGUGGACAACAUUCAGCAAUACUCGACGGACAAUGUUAUGCUCAAUCGAAAAUUUGUCAUGGCCAAAGACUUGCAGGAACUACUUCGCAUGGUAGACGAAAAUGCUUUUGACUUGAACCAAUACAACAUCAGAACGGCGAUUGACCGUGCAGGCCGAUUUGUAGCGACGAGGACGACCCGAGCAAACUUGCUGGCAGUCAACAAUAGCUCCAGCAAAUCUGAAGCACCCGAAGAUAAGCUGCUAGCAGUUGCGUCGCCCGCUUUGUUUGCGAAAUGGUCGGCCAAGCCUGAUGCCGCCGACACAAAGCGAUUUUGGAAACUAAUUGAUGAGACUGAAAAGCUAGUAAACUUUGGUAUUGCCGCCUUCAAAACAGGCCAAGCACUUUCCAAUCUCACGACUGCAUUGAUGCGCCUCGGUGUGGGACGGUCUACUAUUCUGCAACCUGUAGCUGCGCAGACCGUGUACAUGAUGCAAUCUGACAAGCCUAAAAUCCGCGCACACGAAGCCUGCAUGGUUGUUACGGCAGUAGUGUACUUGCUGCCAAGGAAAAGUCGCAGAAAAGAAUGGGUUUUGGAAUUGUUGCAGGCAACUAGCAAAAUGGUGAUGGCCGAGCUUGACGAUGAGAAAACAAGUGAUGAGGACAAACAGCGAGCAGCUGAAGUGCUCGUUCCACUCGCACGGUCCUUCUUGUUUGCGGAAAGUUUCGAAGAAGAUCUGUUCCGACGAACGUUUGAAGAGGUCAACUCUGGAGCACUGAACAAGCUAAACAUGCCGUCAUUUAAACUGCAGGUACUCAUGUCAAAGCUGUAUCAGGUUCAUUUGGACUGCGAGCUCAGUGACCGAUCCGUCGAUUUGAGGUUGUUGCCGGCGUUGGAAGAGGAGUGUAAGCAUGCAUUUAACGCCCACCAGAAGAAGAGCAAGAGCUCGUCAUUCCGCUUGCACCACCUCGUCUGCACUGCGCUCGAUGAGAUUGGGAUUGCCAAUGAAACCUCGUAUGCUUCGGAGACGGGUUACCAUUUCGAUGUGGUGGCACCGAGACAGAAAAUUGCUAUCGAGAUCAGUCCGUCGGACUGCUAUCAGGCACUGGAGCCAGGCGACGAGGACAUGGACCCCAAAACCUUCGGCUUCGUGGACCUGAAGACGCGGCACCUAGAGCUUUUAGGCUGGACCGUUAUUAACCUGCACGCGGAUCGGUUCUUGCAGCUCGAGACACUGGAGGACCGCGUGAUGCACCUUAGCAUGCUGCUAGAAAUCGCCACCUGCCGGGGGCAAAAGUUUCGCCCCAUGCAGUAA